UUUCAAAGCUGUUCCGUCUGAUCUUGGCUCGUUCCUCCGCUUCACAUGUCAAUGCUUUUUCUUCGGCAAUGCCCAGCGUCCAGCGUCAAUCAGGAUCUCCCCUGGCCGCGCACUCGCAUUAAUGGAGCUAGACGUCUACAUCUGACGUACGACUUACGCGGGGGAAAUUCGAGCGAACGACCCAUUGCUCGAGGAAGCCGGGGGAAAACUCAAUCAUGUCCGGGAAGAGGUUACUUGAAGAGGAGGUAUUUCUUCCGGCUGAUUUUGUUCUUUGACAAUAAUCGGCAGAGUUUUAUUUUUGUUUUUUUAGUGGUGGUGUUACUUUUGUGUCACACGCAAACCCAACAUAGGUCUUGACCGUUUUGGGAUUUUUACGAACCAUCCUGCGACCUGUUAAAAGUACCCCUUUUUCCCACUAAGACCCAGUGCCUAAAAUUUUAAAUGUCAAAGUCAAAGUCAGCCGACGACUCCGACAUGUCACGACCAGGCGACAUCGCGGUCCUGCCGCUGCAGGGCGCCUUUCAGAUCUACCAGACGCUAGCCGACAGGUUCCUCUCUCCCAGCCCGCCCAAAGACAUUCCCAAAGAUGCACCCACCAUCGCCAUCAUCGGCGCCGGCAUCACGGGCGUGACGGCCGCUGCGCACUGCGUCGGCCACGGCUUCAACGUCGUCAUCUUCGAGGCCGGCUCGCGUCGGAACCUGGGCGGCAUCUGGACCGCCGUCAACGACUCGUCCAGCCUGCAGAUCCACUCGGCCAUGUACCGCUUCCACCCUUCGAUCCGUUGGAGUCGAAGCUACCCGGACCGCAAGGAGAUCCUGGACCAGGUCGAGAAGCUGUGGUGGAGGUAUGGCCUGGACAAGGUUACCAAGUUCAAGGUCAGGGUCAAGCGCGUGUACCAGGACGAUGAUGGCCGAUGGAUCGUCAACCAUCCGGAGCAUGGAAAGUUUGAAGGUCUCAUCACCGCCGUGGGCACAUGUGGAAAGCCCAAGAUUCCCAUAUUCCCAGAUAGGGAAAAGUUCAAGGGACCAGUAUAUCACUCGAGCCAACUGAAUGGCAAAGACGCGGCAGGCAAGCGAAUCGCCAUCAUAGGCGGUGGAGCCAGCGCGGUUGAAGUGCUCGAGUGGGCCUUCAAGGGCGGCGCCGCCCAUGCUUCGAUCCUCUCCCGCAGCGAGAAGUGGAUCAUCCCGCGCAACAUUGUCAUCAACACCCUACUUUCCUGGAACGUGCUUGGCCAGGACGCCUUUAUCGGCUGGCUCCCCGAGAUACUCCUCCGAAGAUUCUUCUACCGGGACCUCGAUAGCAUCGCCCCUUCCAACAAGGGCAUCUUUACCGAUACCCCUAUGGUCAACUCGGACGUCUUGGACCACAUCCGUUCUGGCAAGGCCGACUGGGUCAGGUGUGACGUCGAGUCCCUGACUGACUCCGGCGUUUUGGUGAAUGAGCGGGCGCCGGGCGUUCCCAAGGGAGGCCUGGGAAGGCCGAGAGUUGUCGAUGCAGACAUUAUCGUCAUGGCCACCGGGUUCAAGCGGCCAUCGCUGGCUUUCCUACCCGACGACUGCUUCAAUGACCCUUAUGGUCCACCAAACUGGUAUCUCCAGACGUUUCCGCCGACGCACCCGUCCAUCUCGGCAAUCAACUGCACCUACAUCUCAGCCAUCGGCACCGUAGGAAACUGGCACAUUGGAAUUUACACGCGCAUCCUGCUCAUGUUCCUGACGGACCCGCUCACGCGGCCGGCCCCCUGGUGGAUGCGGCGGUGGAUCGACAUGACCAAGCUCCUCAAGGCCACCAGCCCCGUCGGCGCCUUUGACUUUUUCACCUACCUCGAGCUGCUCUGGUGGUUCCUCUUCUGCAUCUGCUUCAACCCUUUCCGCUGGAAGUGGGCCCUGUUCGUCUUCCUCGGCCUCGGCCUGGGCCUGCCCAAGGAGACGACCGAGCUGGAGACGAGGCUGCUGCAGCGCGCGGGCUGGGACAGGCGCGAGGUGGGCAGAGACGUGGGCAAGAGCAUUUAGCGCUGGGUGAGCGCGUGGCCUCCGCGCGCUUAGCCUUUUUUCUUCUUCUUCUUGGUGUCUGUGUAGUACGUACCUGUUUUGUAUGGGGAUUUGUGGUUUAGUCAAGUGCGUGUGUAACACUGUGUUGCGGGUCUGGUAUGCGAUCGUCUUUGUGACGUGGAGAAAUUUCCCAGCACGUGUCAGAAAUUAAACGAAGAAGAAAAAACCCCGACCUGGCCAGAGCUCCUUCCCCUCUCUGCUCUUCAUUCCCAGGAGGUCCUGUCGAUCCGAUCUUGCGGCGUGGAGACCUUGAGCUAUCAAUAGUAUCCGUGCCAAAAUCUGUGCUUUGCAGAAAUGGUCCGUUGGUUCGUUUUCUCCCGGAUCCGAACGUCAAUCGAAGCUUAUUUUCUCGCUUCAAACCCCUGUCCCGCCCUGUUAAAGAUCGAUCGCAUUGGCUUUCAUCUGCUAUGCGCUGAUUCCCGCUGGUCGUCGAUGCUGUUAGCCUAUCUAGGAAGACCAACCAUUCUAGUCCACGAGUUCGUACUUCGCGGACGCUACGUAUUUUGUACACAUGUCCAGUCUUGUCACAAGGAAUCACGUUUCGAUGCGCAAAAGUGCCCACCCUAGGUGAAGGAAGGUACUAUUCUCCUAGCUCAUAACCAAGAUGAGACGUUUGUCGAUGACGUCACCCUUACUUCGAUAGCCUCCAGACUGCCACCCGCGGCCCGAAACGAGGUAGCUACAACACAGCUAGUCAAAA